AGAGCAAAUACGCAGAGCAUAUUGUGCGUGUUGUGUCGCGCAGUGUCGUCAGAAUCGCCGCUGCCGCACUGUACAGUCACAUGACAGCCGAACAGUCGCUAAUGGAGCUUCUUCGCGAUCAAACUUUUCUUUGGGUUUGUUUUUAUACGGCGGAAGCGAUGGGCAGCGGGGGGAUUUUUGACGGCCUGUGAUCUACGCUGAUAUGUCAGCUAAAGCCCUGCGUUAUGUCUGUGGAUGGCCCCCGGACCUCUGUCUUCACCUUUCAGUCUGCUGUACACAGCCAUCAUGUUCUCCGCUCGCUGGAUGAGCUGAGACAGAAGGAGAUCUUGUGUGAUGUAAAUGUGGAAGUGGAGAGCAGAAGCUUUCGUGCACACUCUUCAGUUUUGGCUUCCUGCAGUGACUAUUUUUACACCAGAUUGGCAAACCACAGCCGGCCAAACUUCACUGUCAACUUACCCGAUGAGGUCACCGUGGAAGGAUUUGAGCCCCUGCUGCAGUUUGCCUACACCGCAAAGCUUCACUUUACUAAAGAAAACAUCCUUGAGAUCCACAGAUGCGCUAAACUUCUGGGAUUUCACAACCUUGAGAAAAGCUGCUUUGAGUUCCUCAUCCCAAAGCUGUCAGAUGGUGGAACAACCACACGAGAGUUAAACCCAAAAGAUGAGAAUCAAUCAUCACAGGAAAAAUCUCAAGCCGCCUUCGGGAACAACAGCCCUGGUGACCAAAACCCUGAUACUGAAAAAGAUAAUGUACCUGACGUUGAAUCAACUCCUUCCACCGAAUGUCCAAAAAAUUGUCCCACCAUUUCAAAUGACACAGAAAUGCAGUUAGAUUUAUCCCCUCUUUAUCCCAAAAGCACUUCAUACCACAUUGGUGAAGGACAGGAUCAGUUUUGCCUGCAAAACUGUGGCCCACAGUUGUCUUCUACCUCUGUGGAACCUGGUGAAGUUUGUCCAUUCCUGUCCAUUUCACGCCCUGGUGACAAUGAGAAAGUGCAUUCUGCUACAGCCGGCUGUGGUGGAGACAUUUUAGCAAUGGAGGAAGAACUCCAAAAGGAACUAGCAAUGGAUGGGAAUUGCGUUCCUACUGAACCUUCUACUGAUAAAGACCUAAACCUACCUAGUAUCACAGAGUCCGACUUUGGACAACAUGAAAGGGAUCUAACUGACUGCAGUCAUCUAUGUCCUCUGAAUUGUGCCGAGUCCAGAAGUGUUUUAGAGAGCAUUGCGAGUGCCGGAAACCUAGGCAGCAAUGGUGCCGAUGCCAGCCAAGUCUUUGAUUCCCCUGAACAAGCAUUCCCAAAUCUUCCCUCUAAAGACGGCAGCGCCGAACGGAGCACAGUUGAAAGGGAAGUGGCUGAGCAUCUAGCAAAGGGUUUUUGGCCCGAUUUGAGCUCCACACUGGCUGAGCAGCUACCGUUGGACUCCAUUGAUCAGUCGGGUCCUGGAAACAACUCGGACUUCCACUGGUUGAAGCAUCUGGAUCUGGGUGCUGCGCCUGAUGACUGUCCUUUCCUGAGGGACUUGAGCUCCAAUGGAGGACAGACCUGUAGAGGAGACAGUAUGUCCAAAGAGGACACCGGAGACAGUUCCUGCAUAUCCCCCAUAAACUCGAGGGAAGAUUCGGAGUGUGAGUCGGAUGAAGACUGCGUGCAGUGUAGUAGCUCCGAACAAGUGCAAGAGGUGGAUCUGCCAUUCCCCGUGGAGCAAAUUUCAAGCAUGACUCGUAGAGCAUUCCUGCAGAUGUUGAAACAACAGCAUCUGACCCCAGAACAGCUGGAGUUCGUUCAGGAUGUGAGACGACGUAGUAAGAACCGCGUGGCCGCACAGCGCUGUCGAAAGAGAAAGUUGGACUGUAUCUACAGGCUGGAGGGUGACAUUAAAAAGCUGAGGAGCGAGAAGGAGAGGCUACUGGAAGAUCGCAACCAGCUGAAGUUCAGCAUGGAGGAACUGCGUCAGAACCUCUCAGGCUUACGUCAGAGCCUCUGCAUGGACGCCUCGGGACAAUCCGAGCAGCUGCAGGCGCUGGCCAGGUACGUCUGCUCUGACGUCUGCCCCACAUCUGUGCUCCUCACCCCCAUAGCUUCUCCCAGCCUGGCCGGUCCAGACCGGGAAGCCCAAGCCAACACCUGCCUGGAUGCCUUUCUCACAGAGGAACUUUCAGACGAUGCCGCACAAGCACUCGAUUCAUCCUCCGCCUUCCUACAAGAUGGCGUCAAGAGUGCUGUUACUCAACCCGCAGCUCCGUGAUAUACCAUCAGAGUAAAGGGCGAUUUAUAGUCGUGCGUAGGUCCUACGGCGUAGCAGCGACGGCGUAGGUUCCGCGUCGGUUUUCAUUUAUACUUGUGCGUCGCCGUCCGCGUCGACGUGCAAAGACACGCGAAACUGCUGGUUGGCAGUAAUCACGCGUGUAACCACAGUAGCAGCAGAAGUCGUCACAGAAGAAGAAGCUAAGCAAGUAAACCCACAAACGAAGAAGAAAUAGCAACUUGUUGUGUAUAAUUUGAGAAGACCAGCAAUGAUGUAAGUAAAUAAACAGCGACUUAUGUUGCAGUUUUAGUUAAAUCACUCCUCAACUUGGCUCAUCUUUGUUUUCACCGUCUCAACCGGAAAUACCAAUGACGCAGUUUUUUUUAGCUGACGGGAGGGGUUCUGGUGGACCAAUCACAGAGCUUGCGGUCCGCGUAGGUCCGACGCGCUGUUAGGAAUUUUGUGAGGUGCGCGUCAGGCUACGCAGAGCUACGCACAGGCUACGGAUAGCCUACGCCGUAGCUACGGCGUAGCACCUACGCACGACUAUAAAUCGCCCUUUAAGCGGCGUAUGACGGGUCCGAUUUUUCAUUUUACUCAGGAGCUACAGUUUUAAGCAUGAUCCAUUUACUAAAAGCACUUUUGUACGUAAAUGGAUCCAAAUGUGCACUUUUACCAUGGAAAUGCUCAUACUUUCAUUCUCAGAUUUAUUUCUAUAGCGCUUUUCACAACUUUGCAUUGUUGCGUUAUGCUAUUGAUUCACAAUAUGCCUGAGAACUCUUAGCAUUACUGUAGCAUUAUUCAUUCUCUUACGGUGCCGCAAUGGACAAUCAUUAUAAUCCCUUUGAUUAUGUUAGAGCAAUAUGUAAUAGCAUAUAAACAAGUACAUUCCAGUGUAGCUUUAUACUGUACAUCUUUGGCAUUAACGGCAUGAACUUGUAUAUUAAAAUAUGCCUCUGUUUUUUUAGGUAUUCAUAUAUGCAUACGUAUUUUGUCAUAGUUGUAACACAAGUAACCCAACUGCCAUGUAAGUUUACAUGAAUAAUUAUUAGGGUUUAAAUACUUAAAAGCCACAGACUUUUUUAACUUCUUUAUUUUCGUUAAGGCCAUGUUCCUAAUUUUACCACUUACGACAAUUUGACCAUAUUUACUUUUAAUACAUGUGGAUAAUGAAAACCAAAAGCUGUAGUCAGUGUUUCCCAAACCAUAUUUUAGGUCUGGUUAAGAAACGCAUUUUGUAUGAAAAGUGUCUUCUUUUUUUUCUUGUUUUACAGAAAUAAGUCACCAUAAUGAGUAAGUAAAGUACAGCAGGUUGUAGGUUGUGAAUCCGUGUUAACUUUUAAUCUUUGUUUUACCUAAUAAUAACUUUAAUGGUCCAUAUAUAUAUAUAAGAGAAUAAAUCCAGAAAAUACAGGAAAUGUGAAUAUAGAAUUAAAACUGUAUAAAAAAAAAACUGAAGUGGCAAGUUUUUAGGGUAAACUUCCCUUCCACUUAAGCAAUAGAAGGAAACUGCAGGAUCUCUUAAACCUAAAUCAAAUUAAAUCCAAAUUUUUAAUUUUAAAGAAAUUUGUCUUUUUACUUCAUUCUGCUCAAAAACGCUCAAGAUGUGUUUAGUGCCAAGAUAAGUCACACUGAACACCGACGAUGCCUAAAGAAGAUAUUUAGUUCUGAAAAUUUAUUUUUUUGUACCUAUUUCCUGUAUUUUCUGUUUGUAUGUUAAUAAAAAGAUAAAAAAAUAAAUAUGGAUGGACAUUAAAACUUCUAAAACAACAAGUCUUUCCCGGACAGGGAUCAGACUAGUCCUAGACUACAAUAAAUGUAAUAUCUGUCCAAACUGAAAACAACUUGCACUGACAUCUUAAAAUACAUCAGUGCCCUUUGUUUUGCCUUAAAAUGCACACAAGUAAUUUUGUUAAUAAGGCAUGUUUGUUAAAACUUGUUAUAUUUCCUAAUUAAACUAAGGCCUAGUCCUGGCUUAAGCUAAUCCCUGUCGGGGCAACCACCCCUUAGUGUCACUGUUCAUUGUAUCAUCAUUCACUGUUAUAUCUUUGAAACUUUUUAUUUUUUUGUCUUUGUUUUAACCCUGUAACCAAACUCUAUUGUUAUGUAAACCCUGAAAGCACUGUAUCAUUCUGAUUUAGCCAAUAAAAUAACAUGCCAAUAAUGUAAA